UGGAAGCUGCUGGUACUUUCUGAAAUUGGCAUCUCCAGUAAAAACUCAACUGUACAGGUUUCCUAUAGAAUGGGAGCCAUUUCGGAGGCCUGAAAUCGCUAUAUCAUGGUAGAGCAGCAGACUUUGGAUGAGAUUAUUUGAAAGCUGGGUUAUUGGAACAUGUGGCAUCAUGUGAUUUGUUAUUAGUACCGAGGCAAUAGAGGCAAUCGCGCAGGAGUUCAACAUGUUGAAGUAUGUGUUCAUUGCUACUAAUGCGAGGUGCUUGUCCCACAAUUUUUAUCUUCCGUAUGUGAAGAAAGAGGCGAACCGGGAUGAACUAAUUUAUGCUCCUGAGAGUGAACCGAUCAUGGAUGAUGAUCUAUUUAAAUUCAUCUUUUCCCUCCACGACCAGACCAUCAAGGAAUUAGUCCGUAUAGCAUCCCACAUGGCAGCCGCCGAUGGCAUUUUGGUGAACACGUGGGAGGAUCUCGAGGCCAAGACACUUAAUUCAUUCAAGGAAGAAAGGUUCAUGAAGCAUAUUUCUAGAACCCCAGUUCAUUCGAUAGGACCGUUGGUUCGAGCAGGUGAACCAACAGGUUCAAAACCCGAGUUAAUGAACUGGCUAGACCGUCAACCAAAAGAGUCCGUGGUUUAUGUUUCAUUUGGGAGUGGUGGAACGUUAUCAGCACAACAGACUGUUGAAUUAGCCUGGGGUUUGGAUUUGAGCGAGCAGCGAUUCAUUUGGGUGGUUCGGCCUCCUACAGAAAAUGAUAGCUGCGGUUCUCUGUUCAAGUCCGAACAUAGUGGUGAGGACACUCUUUUCAAGUACCUACCAGAUGGGUUUUUGGAUCGAACUCGCGAUGUGGGUUUUGUGGUGCCAAUGUGGGCACCACAAGAGGAGAUCCUGACCCAUGGAUCAAUAGGUGCAUUUCUUAGUCAUUGUGGGUGGAACUCGUCACAAGAGAGUAUUGUGAAUGGGGUGCCUAUAAUCACUUGGCCUUUGUAUGCGGAGCAGCAUUUGAAUGCUGUUUUGCUGACAAGAGAAAUUGGGAUUGCGGUCGGACCUCAGGUGGAUCCUAGCAAGGAGCUGGUGAAAAGAUAUGAGAUUGCGAAAAUGGUGCGAAGGGUGAUGGUGGACGAAGAAGGGAUAGGCAUAAGAACAAGGGUUCAUGAGUUUAAAGCAAGUGCAAAAGAGGCCUUAAGUGAGGGUGGUACUUCCUACAUUGCACUGUCCAAGAUAGUUGAAAAAUUUGUGAUAUAAAAACUUUGCUAUGAGAAUGUGAUGUUAAGUGUAGUACUGAGUACUUAAGAAGGCUAUAUAACUUAUAUUGUGUCUAUUAUCGAUCUAUUAUCGAUUAAUUGAGGCACCAAAAUAAUAAUAUAGAAUGGGAAGUACAAAAAUUUUAGCUUUUCGUAUCAA